CUUGGCCCGGAAGGCGUGGCCAGUUUUUACAAAAAGCUCCAUUUCUCCUCUUGGAGUUGUUCCCACCCUGCGGAAUUAGGACUAAACAGCAAAUUCGCCAGGCGGAAGAAGGGGCGGGAAUGACCGGCGGCUCUUUUCAGAGCUUCCUCCGUUCCUUGGGAAUAUUUCUGUGCGGAUGGGCUGGUUCUUUUCUUCUCUACAACAGCCUGGACUUUUGGACUUACAUUUCCCAUUAGUCCCUACUAGCUGAUGAGGAAUUGCUGGAGGAUUGCCGUUUCCCCAAAUUCUGUAAGACUUGCCUGCCUGCCUCUCCUUUGCACCCUCACACGCAGAAUGGAUCCAUCUGAGUCCUUCUUCCCAUGUGGAUUUUAAGCUGAUCUUCGGUACCAUCUGGAACUCCAGCCAUUGCUUCCUCCUUCUUCUUGAGAUGGCAGUGGUGGGUGAAGACCCUGCUGUAUUUACCACGGACGCUCUGCCUUCUGAUGCCAGACUCCUCCCAACGUUGACCAAUGCCUAUCUGGGCACCCGAGUCUACAGGGACAUCCUUCAUGUCAACGGGGUGUACAAUGGAGAAGUUGGGCAGACGCACCGGGCUGAUCUCCCCAGUCCCCUUAAUGUCAAAAUGGAUGUGGAUGGGGCUGAUGACUUGAGGGAGACCUUCUGUUUGGACACCAGGACAGGGACCUAUCUCCAUACAGCUCAGUGCUCAAGAUACACAGCUACUCACACAGUCUAUCCCCACCAGUCUCUUGUCCAUCUUCUGGCUUCCAGCAUAACAAUCUCAAGAUCAGCUCUCGAAACUAAACCCAUCACAGUGAAUCUCCAGACGCAGUUCAAACCAGAGAGUCCAGACCUGGACUUGCAGAAAGGGCCAGAUUUCCUGGGAGCUCACUAUCUCUAUGGAAAGACAUUGGUCCCAGAAGUAGAGGGUGGCCCCCAGCCUACUGUACACAUGAUCUGGACCCCGGUGCCCCAAUCAGUGACCCUCCCUGGAGACCGGAAGGAGCAGAGAUGGGAGUUCCUCACUGCCGUAGCAGAGUCUGAAGAGGUUGUGCAAAGGACUUUUUGUGAAGGGAUGACCCUGGUUGGAUCGGGUUCCUUAUAUCUGUCUCACACCCAGGCAUGGGCAGCGCUCUGGGAAGGCUGCUGUGUAGAUGUGGACGGGCCUCUUCCCUUCAGCCAGGCCAUAUAUGGCUGCCUGUAUUACCUGCUGAGUGCCAUUCCUCCUCUGGGCGCUGCUAACUUCCCUUUCUCUGGAAUCAGCCCAGGAGGCCUUUCCAACGGCACAUCCGGUGAAGACUACUGGGGCCAUGUCUUCUGGGACCAGGAUACCUGGAUAUACCCAAACAUCCUGCUUUUCUAUCCAGAAGCGGCUUGUGCUAUCUUAAAAUACAGGAUCCAAACACUAGAGGGAGCUCUACACAAUGCACGGGAACAAGGAUACAAGGGUGCAAAGUUUCCCUGGGAGAGUGCGGCAACGGGCCGAGAGGUCUGCCCUGAGAAAAUUUAUGGAGACGAGGAGAUCCACAUCAAUGGAGAUGUGAUGCUGGCAUUCGAGCAGUAUUUCUGCCUCACUCAGGACUUGAAGCUCUUUCAGCAGGAAGGUGGCUGGGAUGUAGUCCAGGCUAUCGCUCAAUACUGGUGCAGCCGAGUUGUGUGGAACUCUGAGGAAGAAAACUAUCACAUUGUGGGUGUUUUGCCCCCAGAUGAAUAUCAUUGCACUGUAGAUAAUUCUGUCUAUACAAAUGCAGUUGCCCAGAGGAGCUUGAAAUUUGCAAUUGACUUGGGCUCCCAGUUGCAUUUUGCUGUCCCUGAAGAGUGGAAGGAGAUUAUGAAGAAACUUAAAGUGCCUUUGGAUCAGAGCAGAGGUUACCAUCCAGAAUAUGAUGGAUACUGUCCAGGUGAGCCAGUGAAACAAGCGGAUGUUGUCUUGCUUGGGUUUCCUCUCAUGUACCCCAUGGACCCAGAAGUCAGAAGGAAGGAUCUAGAGAUCUAUGAGCCUGUGACUGAUCCCCAGGGGCCUGCCAUGACUUGGAGCAUGUUUGCAAUUGGCUGGUUGGAGCUGAAGGAAAUCAAAAGAGCACAACAACAGAUGAGCAAAUGUUUCAGCAACAUCACCGAGCCAUUCAAGAUCUGGGUGGAAAACUCUGAUGGAUCAGGAGCUGUAAAUUUCUUGACCGGGAUGGGUGGAUUUCUGCAAGCCAUCUUUUUUGGAUAUGCUGGGUUCAGGAUCUCCAGAAGCUGCCUGAAGUUUGACCCUGUUUAUCCUGAUGACAUAAAGCAGCUGAACAUUACUGGAAUUUGCUACUUAGGAAGCAAGCUGAAUUUCACCUUCACCAAAGAGAAAACCACCAUCCAAAUGACCAAGUCUUCUCCCAAUUUACACUUAUCUGUUCUGGAGGUGGUACUGGCUCGAACAGGAGAGCAUCUGUCCUUAAAAGAAGGGGAAAGUGUUUCCUUCUUUACAACUGCUGGGUGGAUUCAGAAAGAAUCUGUUCUGCCAUGAAAGCCGGCUGGGUGACUUUGGGCCAGUUCCUCUUUCUCAGCUCAACCUACCUCACAGGGUUGUUGUUGUUGUGGGGAAAAUAGGAAAAGGUGUAUUGGAUAUGUUUGCCACUCUAAAUUAUUUGCAAAAAUAAUAAGAGGGGUAUAGUUUAAAUAAAGAAACUGACACGUAUAAAAACUA